CAUUUGUGUUAUUGUUUACAAUCUUUAUUAUUGUUGUUACGCAGAAACUAGUUCUUCAGCAGUCCAAAAACGUGAUAGCAAAAUGUACGGAAAUGCUACCGGCCCCCUCCUUGUAUUCUAUUGUCCUUUAGUUUACACACAUAGAUUUAGCAACUUAUAAAUGAAAAUGAGCGUGAACAGAUUCAUUUUAAUUGUUAUACUAGCAGUGAUUGCUGACAGGUCGUACAGAAUUAAGAAAAUGUUUGACGUAUUUCCUUCUCAAUAUAAUGAUGGUAACUGUAAGUUGAAGGGUGAGAUGAUGGGAAAUGAAGACAUGGCUCUAGGAAAGUUUUCAGUUCUUUUUAUUGGUUCUAGUGGAAACCUAGAUCAGUGCUUUAAACAUGGAUCAGCUUCAGCUCAACCAGGUGGUAUAUAUAUCCUGGAUAUAAAGAAGGGACAGGAGGCAGAGCCUCAGCAGAUCUAUGUACAGAACUCUCCUUAUACAGUUAUGCACGCGCAUGGUAUCUAUGUUUCUAACAAGACGGACAGAUUGUAUGUUGUGGAUCAUCUUGGAUUGUUGUACAUAAAUAAGGAUCCAGAUACACG